AUUCAUUCCUGGACAUUGAGGAGGGUCUUCCCAACCUCUUGCAAACAGAUGGAACGGGCUUCAUUUGAACCUCGGUGGAAAUAGCCCUUUCGAAAAGAAUGUGAUACAGUGACAGCAAAUUAAUAUUUUUUCAAACUGAGUUUCCUUUAGUUUUUGCCUUGAGGAAAGGGAACCAUGGAAAAUCCGCUGUCGCUGUGCUGUUGUCUUUUAUUGCUGAUUUUAUUUCAGGUGUACGGAAAUCAUACAUGGCUGGACAAACACCCAGGUUUUGACGUUCUAGCUCAAGCAUCGCAUUACUGGCCUCUGGGGAACGUGGAAGGAAUCCAUGAGUUGCGGGAUACAAAUGGAGCUCUAAGACUCCACAACUUCACUGUGCUUCCUUCCCAUAAUUCUACUUUUGUAUAUACCAAUGACUCUUCCUACUCUAACUUCCCUGCAACUGUAGAUAUUGUAGAAGGAAUAGUGAACAAAGGCAUAUGCAUUCCGGAUACAAAAGGAGUGACGUUCCUCCUUUUUGGAAGCUAUCAGAACUCUUGCAUUAUUAACCCAGAACACUGUGAACCUGAAGGUGUCACCUUCUCUUUUUUCUGGAAGACUCAGGAGGAACAGACCAAGUCUCCCCCAGCAUAUGGGGAUCAGGUCCUUUCCAAUGGAUUUAAGGUCUACUUCAGCGAGAGUAAAGGCUCUGUAGAGCUGUUCAAUCGCCAGAUUUUCAAGAAGUGGGAGGCGAAUUUCAUCCCACCAGGUCCCCAGUGGACUCACGUUUUGUUCACCUGGAAAUCUGAAGAUGGUUUGAAAGUCUACGUCAACGGGACCUUAAACACCACCGAUCCCAACGGGACUGUUUUCUACAGCUACGCUGACUCUAAUUCCAAUCAGCUGACAGGGGCAGAGGCGAAGCGUUAUGUCAUUGGGGCGUUUGAUGAAUUUAUCAUAUGGGAAAGGGUGCUCACACCCAAUGAGGUCGAGCAGUAUUUUACAGCUGCUGUAGCUUCAUGGGGACAUCAAGCAACAGCAACUUUUCCGAUGUUGUCUAGCAAUGCCUAUCGGCCCAUCAUAACUAACCUUACGGAGGAGAGCGGAAAUUUCCAACACACAGUUCCUAUGUUGGAGUAUCUGGAAGACAUUUUCCAAGCUUUACCCAAUGAACCUAUUACUGCAAAUACUGCUUUCAACCUCACUGAGGUUUUCUUCCAAGCGGUGGAAGGUGUGCUUUCACUCCCGGGCUUGAUUGACACAUCAGAGACAGCGCCCAUCAUUGGAGGGUUAGUUGAAACCAUCGGCAAUGUGAUGUUCCAUGUGGCUCACAAUCUCGGAGGGAGCCCGUCAACCAUAACUGUUGAAGGCACAUCAUCUGUGGCAGAAUACUCUUUGGUCAAGAUACCUCCAAAACACCUGAACAGGCCUCAUUACCGCUUUCCCUUGCAAGGACAGAGCUAUAUUUCCAUCCCGGCUGAAGCUUUCCAGUACAAAGCCCCAACAGACUGGGUUACCAUUGUGGGACUUCUCUAUCGUACCAUGCAUCAGUACUUCCAUAGAAUCAAUCCUGAGAACACGAAGAUUCCUGAAGCAGGUGCUUGCAAGAACUGCAAGAUUUCGGCAGCUAGCUAUGUUAUCUCCAUGGAAGUGGUACCUCGACCAAUGUUAUCCCAGAAUUUAUCGGGUUCGCCUCUCAUUACCAUCCAUUUGAGACACAAACUGACUCCUCUCCAAUACAGCGAGGUUAUGAACCAAAGCAACCAAGUGAACAUAUACUGUGCCUUUUUGGAUUACAGCAGCGGCAGCAGCGUUUGGUCUAACGAAGGCUGUGUCCGUGAAGGUGGGAAUGCCAACUAUUCUAUCUGUCUGUGUAACCAUCUCACCAACUUUGCCAUUCUGAUGCAAGUUGUACCACUCAAGCUAUCAACCAGACACCAGGUGGCGCUGUCCUCCAUCACUUACAUCGGCUGCUCCCUGUCCAUCUUCUGUUUGACUAUCACGCUAGUCACGUUUGCUAUUCUGUCCUCCGUCAGCACCAUCCGUAACCAGCGCUACCACAUCCAUGCCAACCUGUCCUUCGCCAUCUUGGUGGCUCAGAUCCUACUUCUUAUCAGUUUCCAGUUUGAUCCUGGGAUGGUGCCCUGCAAAAUCCUGGCUAUUCUCCUCCAUUUCUUUUUCCUGAGUGCCUUUGCUUGGAUGCUGGUGGAAGGCUUUCAUCUCUACAGUAUGGUGAUCAAAGUGUUUGGAUCUGAAGAGAGCAAGCAUUUAUACUACUAUGGAAUUGGAUGGGGCUGUCCGCUGUUGAUCUGCAUCAUCUCAGUAACAUCAGAUGUGGACAGCUAUGGAGAGGAGAGCAACUGCUGGCUUUCGCUGGAGAAUGGCGCAAUCUGGGCUUUCGUGGCCCCGGCUCUGUUUGUAAUUGUGGUCAACAUCUGCAUCCUCGUUGCAGUCACCAGAGUCAUCUCGAGGAUAAGCGCCGACAACUAUAAAGUGCGUGGUGAUGCCAAUGUGUUCAAGUUGACAGCCAAAGCAGUUGCUGUAUUGCUUCCUAUCUUGGGAAGUUCAUGGAUCUUUGGUAUCCUGGCAGUGAAUGUUCAAGCUUUGGUGUUCCAGUACAUGUUUGCAAUAUUCAACUCCUUGCAAGGGUUCUUCAUCUUCCUAUUUCACUGCCUCCUGAACUCAGAGGUUCGAGCCGCCUUUAAGCACAAAACGAAGGUGUGGUCACUCACCAGCAGUUCAAUCCGCAACAUCAAUGUGAAGCCUUUCAACUCAGAUAUUAUAACUGGCAACAGGCCAGGAACUGCCCCUACUAAACUCAAUACCUGGGACAAGAGCACAAAUUCAGCAAACAGGAUUGACCUCUCAGCAGUCUGACAUCCAGCUUUGCUAAUCCUCUUCCUGGAUAGCCAAACUAGCUAUAUCCUCAGGACCUUUUGACAUGGCGCCUGCCUGCCCAGUAUUUCCUCAGAAUGUGUGCCAGUAGGAACCGCUCCUUUUAUCACCACCUGCUAAAUUCGAAUUUUACCUUCUUUGCCAUGUUGCGCUGGAUCGAGUCAAUCCUUGCCAUGUUUUCUAACGUUGUUCCCCACCGCUCAGCCAUUAGGAACAGCUACAGAACCGCUCACAACGGCGUACAUGGAAUGGCCUUGUAAACAGCGGCAGAGACACUAAAUGUGGAGAAAUGGAUUGCGCUGCCUCGAUAACGGGGCUGGGGAAGGUUAGAGACACCUCGGGAAAGAUGAUCAUGACGUGCUUUCUGCCUUGCAAAGCAAAGAUUACUUACGGCAUUAUUAAAAUUGGGCCAUUCUCGUCUAGCUGCACAUCCUCCAUUUACAUUAAAUAACUUGAGCAAUCCAAUUAUCCAGGGGAAACUUAGCCAGAAAAACACCCCCCCCCCCCGGCCAACAGACACUUCAUUGGAACAUGGUAUGAAAGCCAAAGCUAGAGGGACAGCUCAAAUCGGGAUCAAGCGAUGUUUUCCCAUCAUGCUGUGGCCUUGGGAGCAGUGGCGAUGGCAGCUGUUGCGUUGUGUCGUGUGUCUUCUACAUCUGUUUGGAUUUUGCCAUAGCAGUUCCAACGACUGUUAUGAUGCAGCGGCCACCUGCAGUGUUGCUUCGUCGGAGGGAUUAUUCACGUCAGCCGAAAUACCUUUCACUGGGAGCCAGAGGCCUGCCAUUUUUCCAAUGAGAAUCCAUGAGCGACGUGUAAGCUUUUGGAAACUAUAAUGCCCUUGGCUCCGGGAGUACUCUAUCUGCUUUACCGGGCAGGGUUUGACACUGAAUGCCAAAGGCGCAUGCCAAAAAAAUGAUUAAAAAAUAAAAUAAAAUAAAAACACCUCCAUACGAGUCAACAGCAAGGGGGAAAAAUACUGUGAAGUCGUCCUCCAGACUGCAGCUGGAAUUCUGCGUUAUUAUCCACAGAUGUCAUUUAAACAAAUAUAUAUAUCUUUUCCUGAUAAACAAACCUUUAGUCUUUCCAGCUGUGCAAUGAUGCGAUAUCUUUCGAAGGCGAAAACAACACCUGUUCUAAUUCAACAAAUGGUUCCCUCCUCCACGAUCACUUUAUGGGCUUUGAAGUAGGAUUUCAUUUUUGAUAAAAAUCCAGACAUUUCCCAAGCACUGUUGAAACCUAUCUUUUUGGCCUUAUGGGCUAGACGCUUGCUUUUCCCACAAUGGGUGUAAAUAGGAGGGUUGGGAUGCUGCAUUCUGUGUCCAGUACAGAAGGAAAGCACUGAUAUUCACCAUUAGGGCAUGAGCUGUGGAUCCAGAAUGUUCCAAGUUCAAUCCAGAUAGGGAUGGGGGAAAAACCUCCCUGUGUGUCCAGAGAGCCACUGACAAUCACUGUAGAAAAUGGGCCAAAGUAGACUUGACUUCUUUGUUAUACAAUAGCCAGUGCUGGCAUGCAGUGAGAGGGGGUUCGCCCUGGCAUAAUUCUAACUGGGAUGUUUCCCCCAUGCCUGCUAUUCACAAUAGGAUGAAAAGUCCCAUUAGAAAAAGCCAACAAUGUGGGGCUUGUGAUGUCUCUGUGUUUGCAAAUUCUCUUUCAAACUA